CCCGCGACCUCCGGAUCGAAAGUCGCACGCUCUUACCGCUAGGCCACCAGCGCUUUUUAUGAAAGACGUUUCUUCGUCCGUCGAAAAAAUCCAAGAUGGCACCUGUAAUGUAUAGGAUAUCUUUCCGACAUCCGAUAUCAGAUCGGAUAAUAUAUGUAAUGUACCCACGCCUUAUAUGAUGGCGACAUGGUGUGUAUAGCGACAUCUACCGACAGACUGUGGUUGAUGCACCUGGCCCUUAAUAACGAACGGGAGGUAGCACUAACCCGGAAGUACGAGUAUUAAUUUGGAAGCACUAACCCGAAACUCGUAAAAAACGAGGAAAAAAAAUCUUUCCCAAAAAUAGGCACUUUUGAUUAAAUUUCAAUAAUAUUUGGUUAUCCUGUUGAUUCUUUAACAGACUUUAUUUUUACUCAUCUCUACAUUAGAUAUAAAGGCUGGUGUCGGAAGUGUGCAAUCUGCAGCCAGCGUCCGAGCACAUUAGAUAAGUGCCUAUUGACAGUCGCCGCCACCCGCCCGUCGUGCUCGGACCGAUCAGUGAUUUGUAUACUUGUAUACUUAGAUAUUUGUAUAUUGUAUAUUUGUAUAUUCUCACGAUGUAUUGUGACUUCCCUGAGUUGGGGCGGUGCUGCUUCUGCAUGCCGCUGAGGAGGGGGGUGUUGACGUUUGGAUACCUCAAUUUUUUCUUCUCAGUGUUCAUGAUCGGAGUAUACAGCUACUACAUGAACCUGGCCUCGGACAAUCUCCACCUUUUAUACCACGGUUCGCUGUCCGUCAUCCCUGUCGAGGCCUGCCUCUUCAUCUACUGCCUCGAAAUCGUGUUUGAUCUGGUCCUGCUGUACGGCACUCAUUUGGGUUUUGCUGUAUUCGCUCUAAGCCUGGACGUAUAUUUUAGCGAAGGGCUCGACUUAUCGACGCACACAUUCGGCUUCUACAGAGGCACCUCCUUCAUCGCCGAGCGAUGGCUUUUCUUCAUCAUGUACUGUGUGGAAAUCGCCUUCAUCAUAGUCCUGCUGAUUGGAGUUCAUACGAGAAAUUCCCGUCUAAUGAUAGUGUACUUCUACUAUGGGAUCACCACAACUCUGGCAUCGCUGGCUACAUUCAUCUUCGUUAACAUCCAGGAGUUCCACACACACAUACCACUGUACUUAAUAGACAUCACGAUAAUCUUCAGUGCUAUCGUGACCCAGGCAUACCUGCUGUUACUGAUUCGGAGUGAGCUAGACAAACCCCGUGAGUCACUUCGGUUCGUUAACCACCUCGCUGAAGUCUGUGUGCAACAACCGGCAACCAACGGACUGAAUCCUUUAUAACUUUGCGAAAGCUUUUUAGACUGGGAAUUUCAUUGUGAAUUAGGCAAUUUUAUUGUCUCAAUUGUGGAGCGUUCAAGUAUUAUGUAACGCGAUUUUUUAACAUUUUACACCCUGGGA